AUGAAACUGGCCAAAACGCACGAGUCAUCACUCAAUGGUCAUGGCAAGGCCAUCAACGCCAUCUCAUGGAACUGCGACGGGAAGAAGCUUGCCACAGGGUCCUCAGACCAGACCGCAAGGGUGUGGACUGUGGACUCACACAAAGAGGGGAGAGAGCUGGUCCUCGAAGACCACAAGGAAGGAGUGGAAGGGCUGAGCUGGAGCCCGACCAACUCGGACGUCCUUGCGACUGCAUCCUCCGACAAGAUCGUGCGACUUUGGGACAUUCGAGCGAAGAAGAGCUUCAAGAUCGAUGCAGAGGAUGACGUGCUGAAUGUUUCCUUCAGUCCGGAUGGAACGAUGCUGAUGAUUAGCGACAAGGCAUGCCUUCUCGCUCAUCUCUCCUUAUCGGAAAAUGUUCGCCUGAUUGACAUACGGAGCAACAAGAACAAGACGCUUGCAAAUCUUUCCUUCGACAAGGAGUAUUGGGUCAACGAGCUCGUUUGGCACGGGAAUAAUUGCGUCCUUAUGUGUGCUGGGCGGCAGAAGCUUGACUCGCAAGAGAAAGGGGAAGUCAUCCGUGUUGAUGCGGCGCAGGAGACUGAAAGCGAUCGCCUCAAGUCAGUGCACAACUUUGUCGCACAUACCGCAAACUGCACUGCCAUCGCGAUGGAUCGGUCGGGAAGCCACUUUGCAACAGGAGCAUAUGACGGAUCCUCCUGCCUCUGGGAUGCCAACGAGAUAGUCUGCCUCCGACCCGCCUGCUCGUCCUUGGAGGAGGGCGUUGGAUGCUUAUCCUUCAGCCAUGAUGGGCAAAUCUUGGCAGGGGUAGCGGACGUCGAGAGACCUUCGGCCUCAAGCCGCAAGCUGAUCGACCUGUGCCAAGUCUCUACCGGGGAGACGAUCAUGAAGCUCGAGACGAGAUCGUUCGCGAGGAAGCUUGCAUGGCAUCCUACACAAAUGCUGUUAGCAUUUGGAGGAGAGAAGAUCGUGCAGGAACAGGAUCGGUACGACAGGAACAGGAGCGAGGUGCCCGUCACCAUUGUAACGCUGCAAGUCAAGUGA